AGAUGACAUGAGGAAGAAACCUCAAGAGGAACCAGACUCAAAAGGGAGCCCAUCCUCAUUUGGGCAACAACAGACAACAUGACUAUAACUGGCAGUGGGGGCGUGGCCAAGCAGCAGUCUGUGAAUGGAGUGCGGGGUCGGGGAAGUGUGCAAAAUGACGACAAUCGUCCAUGACGCCUCAGAAUCUGUCCUCCUGUGUCGGGAAUACAACCUCUACCUGAAACCCAUUGCCAAGAUGACCAUCAGUGUUUCACUUCCUCAACUCAAGAUGCCUGGGAAGUCCAUUUCCAACUGGGAGGUGAUGGAGCGCCUGAAGAGCAUGGUUCACCCAGAGCAGUUUUCCUCACUCCGGAUCUCCAAAAGCACCAUGGAUUACAUACGCUUUGAGGGCGAGGCGGAGAACAAGAGUGCUGUCAAGCGUUUUUUGGCCAAUCUGGAUGGGAAGAGUAUCAAACUCAGCGGCUUUACCGAUGUCCUGAAGGUGCGCGCUGCUGAAACAAAGAUGGACUUCCCAACACGUCAUGACUGGGACUCAUUUUUCAGGGAUGCGAAGGACAUGAAUGAAACUGUUCCAGGAGAGAGACCAGACACUGUCCAUCUUGAAGGACUCCCCUGCAAAUGGUUCACCCAGAAAGAGGCUUCAUCAGAUAAACCUUCAGAAGACGCCCUAAAGUGUGUGUUCGAAAAAUUUGGGAAAAUCCGGAACGUCGACAUUCCCAUGCUUGAUCCGUACAGGGAGGAAAUGACUGGAAAGAACUUCAACACAUUUUCAUUUGGUGGCCAUUUAAACUUUGAAGGUUAUGUCCAGUAUGAGGAUCACACAGGGUUUGUGAAGGCGAUGAGCUCGCUGAGGGGAAUGAAACUACUGUACAAGGGUGAAGACGGGAAAGCCAUGGCAUGCGGGAUUAAGGUAAGUUUUGACACAACCAAACACCUGAGCGACUCCUCACUGAAAAAGAGACACCAGGAACGUGUGAAGCUUCAGGAGCUUGAAAGGCAGAGAGAGGAGCAGAAAAGAAGAGAAAGGGAGGAGGAGGAGAGACGCAAGGAAGAAGAACGAAAGCAGCGUGAGCUGGAGGAGGAAGAGAAGGAAAAGCGGAGAGAGGAAAAGCUACGGAAACGAGAGCAGAAAAUGAAGGAGCGUGAGGAGAAGAAGAACCAGAAGAAAGUGAAGAAGCAGCAGGAGGAGGAGCAAAAGAAACUGUACCAGAAAAUUGCCAUGGAAGAAAGGAAGCUGCUGCUGGCACAGAGGAACCUCGAGUCCAUUCGACUAAUUGCUGAGCUGCUGAGCAGAGCUAAGGCCAUGAGACAGCAGCAGUUGGAGCGAGAGAAGGCAGAACUCGCCCGGUUGCAGAAAGAGGCAGAGAUUCAACAUCAGCAGGAGGCAGAGCUUCGACAUAAACAGGAGGCGGAGCUGCGGCGGGUGGAGAGUGAAAAGGCUCGAGCUCUGGAACUUCAGAGGAAAGAACGAGAGCUAAGGGACCGAUUGCUAGGAAACCUUCUGAAAAAAAGUACAAACCAGGGGGUGGAGUCUAAUGAUGAAGUUCAGAAGCAGGAGGGGCCCAGCACUGAACCUCCCAAGGUGGAGGGGCCGAGCAGAAUGACCACCUCUGUCACUAGGGGUCGCAAAGAGAGCAAAUCAUGGAAAGGGCAGGAGCAGCGAAGAACCUCAAGAGAACGGAAUCUCAGUUGUAGGAGGAGCCAAAGUCAGAGUAGGAGUGGUCAGAGGAGGAACAGGAACCGACAUUACCGAAGUGGGAGUGGUCAAAGACGGAGCCAAAACAGGCGGUCCAGUAGUGGGCGAAGCAAAAGCAGGAAUCGAAGGCGGCACAGCCAUUAUAAGCAGAGCCAUAGAAGUGGGCGGAGUCAUAGGUACAGCCAUGGAUGGAGCAGCAGUAGUAGUAGCAGUGGAAGGAGCACGAGUCGCUCUUCCAGUCGAGAGCGGAGUCGGGGAUCCAGGCGUCACUGAAUGCCCAAGUUGCUGAAAUUAAAACUCAUAGCAAAAAACAGAUUAAUUACUAGCGAUAACUUCUGGAAUGGUGAAUAUUUGCAUGUAGUGCUGCUUAGAAGAGGACCCUGGAGUCACUUCAGGUGGAAGCUAAGGAGCAAAACACAUGAAGAUUACACCAGCCCAUGUUUACACCAGACACCGUUUUAUUUCGUUACAGUUAGCAUGAGUAUGCUCUAAUGUAAUGUGGUUAGUGUUUUUCAUGACUGAAACAAACUUAUGCUAAGUAUCUGAUCCAAUAGGGCUUUGUAGUCAUUUGAAUUAUUAGGCUAGCGUAUUCCUCCUGACUGAUUAGCACAAUCCAGCUAUUAAAGCACAUUUAUAAUUGACAACCAAAUUCCUAGUUUUAAGUUUGGCUAGUUUUGAUUAAGUGCUGUUGAAAAUAUUCAGAUUGAGUGAGGUGAAGUACAUUGAACACUUCCAUUUAAAUUGCUUCUGCCAUGUUAUUUGAUAUCAGCAUGCUAACUAUGAAUUGUGUUAGCAUGGUAUUUUAUACAUUAAGUGUGUAAAAUGCUAGCUGAAGCUAAAGUUAUGGGUGUUAACAUGUAAGCUUGGCCAGUAUAUAUUUUAAGAUUCAGACCUGUGUUACAAUGGAUUGAACUGAGUGACACUACAUGUAUAAUCUAAUAAGCAAAAAUUCCUCACGGUUGUUUCCAAAAUGGUGCUUUAAAUACUGCUAUUAGAGCACACUUGAAACAGUAAAUGAAAUGAGGACAGUAUCCGCUUUUAUACAAGCAAACCUUUCUGCUGUUAUUUUGAGUUGUUAUAAACAAUUAUUUAGUGAAUACUGAAGUCUGUCUCAGUUAUUUGCUAAGCAGGAGGUGACACUUCAACAGCUGAGCUUCAGAUGAUAGAACAGACCUUGGGGCAGGUUUAUGCCUUUGAAAUGAUCAGCUGAUCAAGCUUGCAUAUGGUAGGCUGAUGGAUAUAUUGUUCAAUUAAAACGAAGUGAAUUUUUGUGAACUUGGGUUUGGUAAACGUUGUAAGGUUAUACAGGGCGUUUUUAAAAAAAAAAUUUGGUAUUUCACAAUCUAGUAACUUGGCCAAUUCUUGUUCAGGUGACCUCAAAUUUUAACAGCAUGUAUGGAAACAGGUCAAAAUGUUAUGUUUAAUGGUUUUUUUUUUUUUAUCUUUUUAGGUAUAGAAAUGCUAUUCACAAAAGGCAUUUUGUGUGUUAGAGUACGUUCGAACACAGUCGAGCAAGAAUUCUCGAAAAAUGCACCAACUGCAAUGCAGAUUUGGACAUGGCACAAAAAGUUCAAAGAGGAAGGCUGUCUUUGCAGGGUAAAAAGAUCUGGACGACCACCAGCAUUGGAAGAGACGGUCGAGCGGGUUUACGAAUAUUGAAAAUUUGUGAAAUCAUUCAUGGAAUCCCCAUACCUUUUGAAUUUCUCAUUCAGAUUUUGAGGAAUAAAUAUUAUAUUGCUCAGCAUGAAGCCUGUUCAGUUUCAUUUGCCUAGACUAUGUAGUUUCUGGGAUAUUUACAUCUCAAAUAAUAUCAAUUUUGUUUAAACACCUUGUCAUUAUCACGCUCUUCCUUUAUCAGUACAAGAAUGUCUGGCAUUCAGUAAAAUAGCAAUGAAUAUAUAAUAUAUUUUUCCCCUUUUGCCUGUUUUGUGCUGUUACCUGCUUUCAUACACAGAAAAGCUAAAUACACAGAAAAGCUAAAUGGUUUUCUGUAUUUUUUUUUUGUUUUGUUUUCUUAUAGAUAAACCACCAAUAUUCUGAGGAAGUGAGGAAAUAAGUUUUGUUGCUUGAGUUUAAAAAAAGCAAAGAAGUUUGUAAGAACCUGAAAACAACUGUGUAACUUUAAUUUCCUACGAGUGUUUCAGAACUUUUUUAAUUUAGUGUUUAAAUGCACUUUUUGUUCUCAUCUCUGAGGGUUUUUUGCUGUUUUUAUGUUGGAUUGAAUUCCUAGUGCAGUUUUAUUCUUCAGAAUGUUUGUGUUACACAACUUUUUGUUAGUUCGGUUGUUUAUUUUGAAAGAAAGGAAUGAAUCCUCUCUGAA